UCUGGGAGCUGCAGUCCGGGCGCGGGCCCGGCGCCGCGGCCGACCCCGUUUCCCGGCGAGCGGAGCGGAGCGGGGCUGGGCCGCGGAGCGCCGGGAUGGCGCUGGGACAGGACGUGCUGCAGCUGGACCUGUACGGCCUGCUGGGCCUUGGCGAGAAGGCGACGGAGAAGGAGGUGAAGAAGGCGUACAGGCAGAAGGCCCUCACCUGUCACCCCGACAAGAACCCCGACAACCCCCGAGCAGCGGAAAUCUUCCACCAGCUGUCUCAGGCCUUAGCUGUGUUGACAGAUGCAGCAGCAAGGGCGGCGUAUGACAAGGUGAGAAGGGCUAAGAAGCAAGCUGCAGAGAGGACACACAGGCUUGAUGAGAAGCGCAAGAAAGUAAAGCUUGAUCUUGAAGCCAGAGAGCGAGAAGCCCAGGCCCACGAGAGUGAGGAGGAGGAGAUCAGGAUAACGAGAUCAUUAGAACAAGAGAUAAUCCGCCUGCGUGAAGAGGGCUCCCGUCAGCUUGAGGAGCAGCAGAGGCUCGUCCGAGAGCAGAUCCGGCUGGAAAGGGAGCAGCACGCCCAAGGCAAGCAAGAAAGAAGUGGAGCAGAAGGCAAAAUAACUCCGAAGCUCAAACUAAGGUGGAAGUGCAGGAAGGAAGACGAGACGAGAGGAGGCUACUCAAAGGAUGUUCUGUUGCAGAUCCUACAAAAGUAUGGAGAUGUGCUCAACUUGCUGGUCUCAAGCAGGAAGACUGGGAGUGCAGUCGUGGAAUUUGCUACAGUCAAGGCUGCUGAAAUGGCUGUGAAGAAUGAAGUUGGCCUGGUCAAUAAUCCUCUAAAGAUUUCCUGGCUGGAGGGGCAGCCCCAGAACAACCCCAGCACUGUCCUUUCUGACAGCACUAGUCGGCCCAGGACUUCCCAGAUCCCUCAAGCAUUCCCUCUUCUGGCACUGCCCCUCGCUGUCCAGAGUGUGGCUGUUCUGAUUCAGGAUGAUGACUUGGUUGCCCAGCUUUUUGUGUCUCCUGAGUGAGAAACGCCUGAAGAACGUCGUGGACUUGAUGGAGCCUCUGCGCCAAGUAUCCAUGCCGAGGGAGGGAACUGCCGGCUCCUCUCAGUCAGCCCCAGGCAGGAUCAGCAGCCAGCCAUGCACCAGGAGCAGCCUCCUCCUUCCCCGUUCCCGGAGCUGCAAGGAAAACACAGAGGCCGGUGCUGCAGGAGGCGCAAACCUCCCGCCACGGCCCCGUGCCGAGGAGCGACCGGCCCGGCUUCGGAUGCCGAGGAGCCUCCUCCCUCAGCGGAGAAGGAGCGGCGCUGCCUGAGCUUGGGAAGCGUGCUGCAGAAGCAGGCUGGUGGGGAACAGCAGAGGCACACAGUCACCAUGAGAACGGCUGCAGAAGCAGGCUGGUGGGGAACGGCAGAGGCACACAGUCACCAUGAGAACGGCUCUAAUCUCGCCUCUAGAACAGAAGGGCACCGUGGUGCCAUGGUAACCAGCCACCCUCGU